AUGUCUAAUAUGGCAGGAUCUGGAGCAGCUGAGCUUCACACACCAGUUUUCAAUGGAGAAAACUAUGAGUUUUGGAGUAUUAGGAUGAAAACCAUUUUGAAAUCUCAUGGAUUGUGGGAGCUGGUCGAGAAUGGGUUCAAUAGCUCAGAUCUAAAGAAGGAGAAAGAGGAGGCUACGGAUACUGAGAAGUCUAUGAUGGCUCAGAUUCUAAUGAAGGAUGCUCGUGCACUUGGAUUGAUCCAAAGUGCAGUUUCAGAUCAGUUAUUCCCCAGGAUUGUGAAUGAGGAGACCUCAAAGGGUGCCUGGGAUAUUCUGAAGCUGGAAUUCAGAGGAGAUAAACAGGUAAGAAAUGUUAAAUUGCAAGGGUUGCGUAGGGAAUUUGAAUAUACUCGCAUGAAGGAUAGUGAAUCUCUAUAUGUCUACCUUGUUAGAUUGUUUAAUAUGUUGAAUCAAAUGAAGAGUUAUGGUGAGGAAUUAUCUAGGGAGAGAGUUAUGCAGAAAUUUUUGUUUAGUCUGCCAAAAUCAUAUGAUUCUAUAUGCUCUGUGAUAGAACACUCUAAGGACCUUGAAACUCUAGAAGUUCAAGAGGUGGUUGCCUCCUUGAAGAGCUUUGAGCUCAGAUUGGAUAGGCACACUGAGAACUCUUCAGAGAGGGCCUUUGCUAGUCUGAAUAUUGAAGAAAAGAAGUCUAAGAAUGAAAGUUUUUCUGGAAAUCAGAGUUUUCAGAAAAGUUGGAAGCCUAAUGAUGGAAACAAAGCAGCUUGUAAGCAUUGUGAUAAGCUACAUUAUGGCAAAUGUUGGUUUGAAGGCAAGCCUAAAUGCCAUGGAUGUGGAAAAUUUGGACAUAUGAUCUGA